UUAUGUCGGUCUUGCCAUAGUUACGACAGGGAUAGGAGAAUUUGGUAGUUAAAACCGCGGAAAAAUUAUUUUUUUGGCCGCCAAGAAUGAAAUUAUUACCGAUAAAUCAGGUCGCCUUUGACUCUUGUUCAGAGUCUGGAUGAAUAACUCUUUCCAAAGGUGUUUGGACAAACAAAUUCAUUCAUUUUUUCGAGUUGUACGUCAAGUUUAGAAAAUGGCAAUGGCGUCCAAAGCACAUGCUUUUAGCGAAGAUAAACUUGAUCAACACGCUUGUGGUAUAUUCGCCUGCGUUCUCAGCGAAAAUGUGCCCCCAGAGGAUCAGUCAGAUGUAGCCAAGACGAUAUAUCUUGGUCUAGUUGGCCUUCAACACAGGGGACAAGAAAGUGCUGGUAUUGUAACUAGUGGGGUCAACAAGUUUCACUCUUAUAAAGGAAUGGGACUUGUGUCCAAUGUGUUUCAAGAGUCCAACCUGGCCACCCUGAAAGGUAAUAUGGGUAUAGGCCACACCCGUUACUCGACAGCAGGAUCAUCUGAGCUAAUAAACUGUCAGCCAUUUGUGGUUGAUACUAUCCACAGGCAUAUUGCAGUUGCACACAAUGGUGAGCUAACAAAUGCAAAAUCAGUCAGAGAUGAAUUAUUAAAACAAGGAGUUGGUUUGUCCACAAGUAGUGAUAGUGAAGUUAUUACGCAACUUUUAACUGCACGUCCGCCAUGUGGUGAACCAGAAGGAGCUGAUUGGGUGGCAAGAAUCAAAUACCUUGCAUCUAAGACCCAGUGCUCAUACUCACUCGUCAUCAUGACGCAGAACUCUGUGUAUGCUGUUAGAGAUCCCUAUGGCAACCGUCCCCUUUGUGUAGGUAGGAUUGAUAAAUCACGUGAUUUGCCUGAAAACCAAGAAUUGUCUGGUAAUGGUUGGGCUAAUAGCAAUGUCUUCAGUUGGGUCAUAUCAUCAGAGUCCUGCUCCUUCCCUUCAAUUGGUGCAGUUCUUGAAUUUGAAGUAGAUCCUGGUGAAAUAAUCCAAGUAACCUCCAAAGGACCAAAGUCACUUGGAUUUAUUCCUCCAACCAAAGUUGAUGAUAUUCCUGCCUUCUGUAUCUUUGAGUAUGUAUACUUUGCACGAGCUGACAGUGUUUUUGAAGGUCAAAUGGUUUACACAGUGCGUCAGCGCUCUGGUGUCCAGUUAGCUAUAGAGGCACCAGUAGAAGCAGAAGUUGUCAGCACAGUUCCUGAAUCAGCAACACCGUCAGCCAUGGGAUACUCCCAGCAGACAGGGAUCCCAUAUGUGGAAGUACUUACUAAGAAUAGAUAUGUUGGAAGAACAUUCAUUCAGCCGUCUACAAGACUACGUCAACUGGGUGUCAGCAAGAAGUUUGGUCCGUUGACAGAGAACUUUGCUGGCAAAAGAGUAGUACUGAUUGAUGAUUCUAUUGUACGUGGAAAUACCAUUGCACCAAUUAUAAAGCUGUUAAAGAAAGCUGGAGCAAAGGAGGUGCACAUUCGCAUUGCUUCUCCCCCCCUCAAGUAUCCAUGCUACAUGGGAGUCAACAUUCCCACCAAAGAUGAAUUGAUUGCUAACAAACACAAUGCUGAAGAGCUUGCUCUACAAGUUGGAGCUGACAGCUUGCAGUAUCUGAGUGUCGAGGGUCUUAAAAAAGCAAUUCAGUCAGGAAUUCAACUUCAGAAAGAAAGAAAAAUUGGUCAUUGUACAGCGUGCUUGACUGGAGACUAUCCAGUGGAAUUAGAGUGGUAAUAAACCCUAAUGCUAAAAUAGAAAAUUCUUCAUAGGAAUGAUAAACUGGGCAAUUUGUAGCUUGUUUAUGUAAUUAAACUUGAUAACUCUGUGAAAAUUUAAUAAUAAGAACUACUAUAAGACAGUUUGCAGCAUUUUCUAUUAUUUAGUAGUAAAUAAUGGAAAAGCAGUAGAAUUAGUGGGUCAUUAUGUACUAUUUCAUAGCUUUAUUUUGUACUGUAGUCACAGUGUCUGCAUUCUAUUCGAAGAGACAGUGUCAAAUGCUAAUUAUGCUAAUCAAUUUUGACUAAAAUUUGCUUAUAAUGCUGUGCUUAAAGCUGUUAUUGUCAGUAUUAUUUAAAUGUUAGAUUAUUUAUUAAUGAUAGAUGAUAGAAUUGUUUUGAUAUUUAGAAAAUGAAUGUCAUUACAUUGGAACCUGAAUGGAAAUCACAGUAAAGACACCUGUAGCAAAUCUA